GCUGUACCUCUAUUCAGUGAAUUUAUAACAUGUCCUAGAUACACCUACCCUAACGCAUCAUCACCUUUCAUCUUCUCGUUUCCAUAUCGCUGUUUAGGACUUUCCCUCUGUCACACUCCGCAACCUUCAGCUUCAGGUCUAAACCGAUCAAGUUACAACAAGCAUCGCUGUGCGUCGAAAAGUACCAUCUUCAUCACGAUCACUCCCAAUCUCCAAAUCCAACCCCAAGCCAGAACAGUAUAUCACGAUGCGGGGGCCAAUCUCAAUUGCAGUUACAGGCCUGAUCGGUAUCACAACGGAGGCCAUUGCUGCCCACAAAGAAAAGAAAAACGGACAUGCUGCCCACAAUGGCGACGAUGACGACGAAGAACAUGCCUGGAUGUGCGACGAUGUCCAAGAUCAGCUUGGCCCAGUCAAUGGGCACCACACAGAUGCUGCAGGACAUGACAACAUCUUCGAUCAGGACGGCGUACCUCCACCGUCAUUCUCCCAAGUCAUAGGGCGUCUUCCAGCGGCAGUGAUCAUUCCUCAACGCAGACCGCAGAGCAAGACUCGUGGGUUCAUUAGGGCGUACGCUCCAGACCUUGCCAAUUGUGGAAUCGAUCAGCAGGUGUUCAUGCACUUUCUCGGAGGAUUUGACGCUGCUAUCAAGAAACAAAGCCUUUUUUUCGUUGCAAAUCUUCCUGUCGCUGGAGGAGUGCUUGCGGCUACCGCGAUGAUGGGUUCGAACCCGCUGGUUGAUAUUGCAGGAGUCUUGGUUCAUGCAACACUCGAGGCGGGAAGGAGGAUGUAUGUUACGCACAAAACAAACGACUAUCUCUUCGAAAUGAACGAGAGGCUCUUCAAACCAAGAGGCCUCUAUGCCCUGAUCAUGACGUACAACCCGAAUUCCACCAACGCGUAUGAGGUGAUCGACGUUGACACGGCCACGGCAAAAGCCGUCGCUGUUCAAGAGCACGGUGGAACAGGCAGCAGAUUUAGCUCUGCAGCCGGUGCAACGAAUGGAGAGACCGAAAUGCCAGAGGCCGUGCCUUUGACCUUUCCUUACCUGGAAUCUGCCGGACACGAGCAGAAGCAGAACGCCUUUAUCAAAGCUAAGGCGUUUGUGGGAGAUUAUGGUGAUCGUCGAGCGCAGGCCAAGUUUGAAGCCACCCAUCCUGAUUCAGUCCUGAACGUCAUGCCGAAGAAAGAGUUCUCAUCCCGGUUUGCCGACCCCAAUCAUCCCGUCAACAAGGGAGGGCCUCUUUGUGUCUUGACAGGUGGCGCAAUAAGCAAGGAUAACAAGAAGCGUGAACGCAAAGAGCGAGAGGCAAAGGAGGAUAUUGCGGCAGGGCGGACGCCAAAGAGUAGCAAUGGUGGUUUCAAGAAGAAACUGUUGUCAGAGCAUGUUUUGUACCUCAUGAUUGUCAAUAUGCCCACAAAUGAACAGCUUCAUGCUGUGGCGGAAGCUGAGAAGUGGACAACGCUCUCCAAGGGUAAGCACUGAAAGAUGGAGGGCCGCGUGGAAGCGAAAGAGCAUGUGGAUAAUGAUACUUACGAUAUCGACGACACGAAUGUACUUGAUGAGAAACUGACUGCGAAUACUUUUACAAGAAGUAAUUGAUUAUUACUCAACUCCAUCAACUCUCCCCCUUUUUUCUAGAGCUCGCUGUGAUUGGCACCCUAACGACAGCCUUGCACGUGAUACAGCCUUGCCAGAUUCUGGAGGUGCGUUGGCUGGAGAAGCAUGUAUAGGGGCAUCUAAUGGUAGUGCGUAUUACCAGGCGGACAGUUGAUGCGGUGAAGACAGUCCCAAAAUUUUGGAGGUCAAAGCCAGUUGCACAAUCUAAAUGCUUCCCCAUGGUA